AUGUCCUCUUAUGCUAUCACCGGAGCCUCCAAGGGCAUUGGUCGCGAGUUCGUGCGUCAACUCGCAGCUGAUACAACAAAGACCGUCCUGGCUAUUGUGCGAGACCCCACAUCUUCUGGCAUAUCUGAGCUUGCCUCCAGACUCCCCAACGUACAUGUUAUCAAAGGCGAUGUUACGGACCCAGACUCCAUUCUCGAGGCUGCCUCAGCUGCAGCAGAGGUCACAGGCGGCAAGCUAGACGUACUUAUCCAUAACUCCAAUGCUGUUGAUGUGGCCACCAUGUCCUUGAACCCGACCCAACUUCCCUUCGAUGCGCAAGCAAUUCGGCGAAUUUUCGAUCCGCCGUUCAGUACAGGUAUAUACGGUGGCAUAUGGACUACAAACGCCUUCCUUCCCUUGAUCGAAAGAGGCACCCAAAAGAAGAUUGUGCAUAUCUCCAGCGCCAUGGCGGAUCUGGAUCUGAUCAAGGCGACUGGCAUCAGUUAUGGCGUUGCGUACUCUAUUGGCAAAGCCGGGAUGAAUGUUCAAGUCGCCAAGUACGCAGCGGAACUUGCUCCUAGAGGCAUCAAGGUAUUGGCGUUGAGUCCUGGGUGGGUGGACACGUGGGAGGGUAAGUGGCCUGUUGCAACCUUCACCGGAGUAAUUAUGGAAACUGAUAUGAUUGCAGGAGAGAAGCCGCCUGAGGUAAUGCAAGCAGAAUCUGUCAUGCUGAAGCAAUUUCAGACAGCCGAGCCCGAACUCAAGGGGCAGAUUCAACCCGAGGAGAGUGUAAGAAAGAGUCUCGAGGUGAUUGGACGUCUUGAUUCUAAGGCCAGCGGCUUUCUCUUGAGCCACAAUGGAACCAGGGGAAAGUGGCUUUGA